AUAUAGGAAGUUGACGAGAGGCUGGAUUCGCUUCAGUCUCCCUCACUUUCUUUGUAUUUCAACAUGAUUCCCUUCUCCAUCGACCUUACGGAGGUCCAGCAACGGAUAGAUGAAGUCACUCGGUUUGUAGGCGCAACUCUGAGCAUCGCCAACGCCCACACUGUGGAGUUUUACACCCACGACGUGUGGAGCCGUUUCGUGGCGGUGUCCCCUGAAGAGGUUCUGGCUGCCUUUGGCACAAGUGUCCACCAGAGGGAGACAAACGUCCUAAAACAAGAUAAAUCCAGGAGCACAUUUGGCUUUUGCCAAGAUACAAACCGGCUGGUUGAUAUACAUGAACUGUUGCAAGAAGCCAAGGCCCACUCACUUCCUGGUUUGAGAGUCUGCAUGAGCCGGGACGAGCUUCUGGAGGCCCUCAGACGAAACACGUCGGAAUCGGGAAAUACUUCCGCGGUUGAGCUGGAGCCAGACGAGUUUAUGAACGCAAAGAAAUCCCAUGAGGUCCAAGCCAUGUCGGAGGUGGUGGACUGUUUGGCCAAGCACUGCGGAGUCAAACAGGAAAGUGUGAUAGACGUGGGUUCAGGAAAGGGCUACCUGAGCUCCUUCUUGUCCCUGCAGCACGGCCUCCGGGUCUUCGGCAUCGACUCGUCCUGCACCAACACCCAUGGCGCCCAGGAGAGAAACCGCAAGCUGAAGAAGUUCUCCAAGGUGUACCACAAACACAGGAAGGCUAAAAAGGCAGAAGAAGAGAAACCCCUGGAAGAGCUUGCAGAACUACAGGUUGGAGAUGAAGGUGGGCCACAGGAGGCGCUGCAGAUACCAGACCCUGCAGAGGACACAGAGGAGCUUUUUCUUAGCGCCUUGUCACUGGACGUGAUACCACCUGGGAGAACGUCUUCUGGUUCACUGACUGAUGAGGAAAGACAGAGGAGGAAGAAGGAGAACAUGGAGAGGAAAGCCCAGAACAGGAGCAGCAGUGCAGACGCCGCCUUCUCACCGCUCACGUCGUACGUUACCGCGGAAACGGAGCUCGGGGAGCUCAUCGAGGAGCUGGAGGACGCGAUCCUGGUGGGACUGCACACGUGCGGCGACCUGGCCCCCAGCACCCUCAGGAUGUUUGCGGCUAAAGCGGAGCUGCUGGCCGUCUGCAGCGUGGGAUGCUGCUACCACCAGCUCUCUGAGGAGUUUCAGCCGGACGCGCGGGAGUGUUGGGGUUCUGCGUUCGGGUUCCCCCUGAGUCAGCACCUCCGCCGUCUCUCGUGGUUCUGCGGCAGAAACGCCCGCAUGUCGGCGUGCUUGGCACUGGAGAGAGUCGCAGUGGGCCAGGGGAUUCAAAUGGAGUCGCUCUUCUACCGGGCGGUGCUGCACGUUAUUCUCAGGGAUCACUACCACACUCAUAAAAGUGGAAAGCGAGUGGGGAACGUCUACGCCAAGGCCAGAUCCUUCGUGGAUUACGUUCGGCGGGCUCUUGGCAAACUGGACCUGGAUGAUUCACAACUUUCCGACGGGGACAUCCAGCGGUACCACGAUGCCUACAGCCCCCGCCGCUCAGAAAUGCAUGCCUUUAAUCUGCUGAAGGUGGCUCUCGCUCCCUGCAUCGAAGGCCUCAUUCUCCUGGAUCGGCUCUGCUACCUUAAGGAGCAGGAGGACGCAUUCUUUGCUGCCUUGGUGCAAUUUUUUGACCCACUUCUGUCGCCAAGAUGUUACGCAAUCGUGGGACUGAAAGACCACAGGAACAGGAAGUCACCAAAAUGUCAUUGCAUUGGAUGAUUUUUAAAAAGAAACGGAUGUUUUACUGAUGGAUUGUCCCGAUAAGGGGGUGAGUGAAAGUGAUCCAUGUGGUGAUAUCACCCAAGAACAAAGAGAAGAAGAACUCAGCUCUCCAGGAAAUAUGUGACUAAUGAGGCAAAGGUUGGACAUUUUGGACAAUUCUAUUCUACAGGAGGACGGAUCCUUUGCUGCCACUUUUUGACCCACUUCUGUCGCCACGAUGUUCCACUAUUGCCAGGCCGAUGGACCUCGGGGACAUGCGUUGCCAGUCAUUCCUAGGAUUUUCUUGCCAAUAAAUUGAGAUUCUGCGAGAGUGUCAGAUGGGUUGUCUUGAUAAGGUCGUCCGAUCAAAGAACGGAUCAGGAAGUGAUGGCGGCGUGUGAAAGUGAUCCAUGCGCUGAUGUAAUCUAAGAACAUGUUGCAAAAAUCACGAAUAGAAACACUCAGAUGGAUCAAUCAAUCAAAGGAUGCAUCCGCUGUUUGACCCACUUCUGUCGCCAAGACGAUGGGACUGAAAGACCACAGGAACAGGAAGUCAAAUGUCUUGCCAGUCAGUCCUAGGAUUUGCUUGAUAUGUUUUUUUAAUAAAUUGAGAUGCUGCUGA